GGGAGAACAGCAGUUGGCGAGUUGGUGUUGCAGCAGGUUGGUAGAGGUUGUGCGGAGUGGUGGGGACGGAAGGUCAACAGUGUCACGAAAAUGGAAAGAAAGUAUAUGAUCAAAGGGACUCUGAACUUCAUAUUGUUACUGAUAGUGGCGAUCCCUAUCCUAGUGUUAUUCCUUGUUGGAAAACCCUACGAGAGAGGGUUCAAUUGCGACGAUCAGAGCCUGCGAUAUCCUUAUAAGGACUCCACAGUGCACACACUGGUUCUUUACUUUGUAGGAACUGGUCUGCCAGCAUUUACGAUAAGUCUUUUAGAAUGGUCAAGGACACGUCGGGAAAGUGUUGGGAAACCAGUGAAGGUCUUUGGGCGAAACCUGCACUCAUGGUUUUGGGCAGCAUAUUGUUCAGUUGGAACUUUUCUGUUUGGAUGUGCUUGUUCACAGUUAACAACAGAUAUAGCCAAGUACACUGUUGGCCGUUUAAGACCUCACUUUGUGGACAUUUGCAAACCUGAUUGGUCACAGAUUAAUUGUUCUGAGAUAUAUGUCCAACACAUCCCCUGCACAAAUACAGAUGAGCAUAGAUUAAAGGAAGCUCGGCUAAGUUUCCCCUCUGGCCAUGCAUCAUUCUCAGCCUAUACCAUGAUCUACCUAGUGAUAUAUCUACAAGUUCGAUUCAAGUUUAAGGGUCCUGAGUUACUUCGACCCUUCUUGCAGUUUGUCUGUCUUAUGCUGACAUUCUACACAAGUGUUUCUCGUAUAUCUGACUACAAACACCACUGGUCAGAUGUUCUUUCUGGUUUUAUUAUCGGGACUAUUGUGGCUAUUCUCAUUGCUUUGUACUUCUCAGAUCUGUUUCCAAGAGAGCUACCAACCUCAGCUAAGAAGAAUGAAACUGUCUUUUUGCGAGAUUAUGCUCAUGCAGAAAAUGAAGUUCAUGCAGCUCGGACAGAUGGAGGGGAAUAAUAAGUAUGGUAUUUUAUUUUCUUGAUGCAUAAUUCAUAAUUUACCUAUGAAGUACAUUUUUUAUUUUGUGGACUGUUAUAGCUUUUACUAACUUUGUUUGUCAUUUUUUUAAACUUUAUACUAUAUAUUAUUAAUAGUGUGAAAUAAAUGCUUUUAUGUUAAGUCUUAAUACAUUAAUCAAAGAAGUGAAGAACAAGUUCAUUAGCCUUUGACAGUAAUUCAGACUUUAUGAAAGGUACUGAGGUAUGUGUUUGUAUGUUUACUUUUUAAUAAUCAGAAAGGAUUCAUGUGGGUUACUAGGCAAUCAACCUUUUUGAUACAGUAUCUUGCAUGUGAAUAGUAUGUCACAUAAUUGUACCCCUUCAUAUGGGUAUAUAUAUUAUGGCCAGACAAUUCUUACAUUGUAUUGUGUAAGAAACAUUUCAAUAUUCUCUGUAGAAGAAAUUUUUGUCUGAAAUACCAAGAAUUGAGCAAAACUUUUGAUGAUCUAGAACCCACCUAAGCACUGAAAUUCCUACCACAAAUAUGGAAUACAUAUAACCAUAUUUUCAACAUAAAAUUUUACCAUUAAGUUUUCUUUAAUUUAAAACAAUCAUGUUUUGUUUGUUUCUUUAAGUAAUGUAUGAUUCAGAAUACAUAAAUCUGAAAGACCUCAUUUAUAUCAUAAGUCUUCAUGCAUUACUGGAGUACUUUAGAUAAUGCGGUAAUGUAUGUAUUAUGGUAUUGCAUGGUAAUUUUACACUUCACCCACUAUAAAUAAGUCUUGGAAUACUUCAAAAACAAAAUUUUUUAUAUUAAGUGGGCAGUGGUUUCUAAGUUGUUAGAACUUGGGAAGGUUCAUUUAGCUUGCUUCAGUUUUCCGUCCUUAUGUCAGUGAUAUUUAUAGUCCACAGGUUAAGCCCUCUUGUUUAAGUGAUAUUUAUAGUUCCCAGGUUAAACCCUCUUGUUUUUUUUUAAUAAGUGUUCCCAUACUUGGUUUUUUUAAUAAGUUCCCAUACUUCACACAAAGGAUCUUUCAAGUCUCACACCUUGCACUUUGUCUCUGUGAUUGUGUGGAGCCAAGCAAAUACCAAUGGUAGUAAAUUCCUAAGGAAAAAAUUUAAUAUUGAAGUGUUUGACCAAAUUUUUUCCCAAAGGGUUCUUUAUUAAAGUUUCCCUGUUAUUUCCCCAGAUGUUUUAUACAUUAAAAUAUAUGGUCAUUAUUAAAUAUGUAAGAAUGCUUCUGCCCAACUACAGUACUGUACAGGUAGUGACCAAACAUAUGCAACUAGUGUACUGUCAACCUGUUCACCAUUAAGUCUUAAUUCUGCUUCUUUGUCCUCACACAUUUAUUUCAAUGUACUGAUCAUCAGUACAUUGAAAUAAAUGUGUUUGGUCUACAUAUUUCUGCCCAUAAACACCCUUGCUCCCCAUGCCUUAACUGAUGGAGUGAACAGUUAAUCACAAAAACAACUAUGUGCCUCUCAUACCAUUAUUCUUUAAAAAUACCACAAGCCCCUAUUGUUGCUGAUUUUUUGAAGGAAGCAGUCAUCAUUUUUUCAUAGAAGUAUUACAAACUGAGAACCAGUGAGUAACACUUGAUUCUGUGCUGAUGAAAAACCUGCACAGAUAUGUUGAAAGCAAGUUCACUUAAGCUGGCUACAUUCUUCCCUUCCUAACAGAGUGCUAUAUUUUAUUUUUUCUCUUUUCUUGUAUGAGAUUUUUGUACAUUUCCCCCAGGAUCACCCACAGAACAAGCUACAUUUUCCAUUGAUUUGAUAGAACUACCCUCGCAAGUCUAAAAUGUUCACCAUAUGUGUUGAUAAGAAACUAGGUAGUUACUCUUCCAUUGGAAGUUCAGUAUAGUAUUUGUGCAGGCACGGCAUCUUAGUCUUUGAAAAUUAAUUACUCCUUAGUAACUUUGUCUUCUAUAUAUAAUACACUGAGAAAUUAUUUUGUCAGGUUAUUCAGAGUUUUGAAAAUAAGUUUAAUUUAUGAUUCAUUAAAAUCAGGGUUGUGUUCCAACUUAACUAAUUAAGACUGUCUAUUAAUUUUGUAUGAAUAGCUAACUUUGUAUCUGCUAACAAUAUACUAUACCUUGUUAGUUUUAUAUUUUAUCAAUGGUACAUAUUAUGUUUGCUGUGUUUCAAAGCAUAGAUUGCUAGGUAGUCAGGAAAUUGAGGUAUAAAUGCCUUAAUCUUUUAUAGUAUGAAAAGUUGAGAAAGCUUAUACGUAGGUGUUUAUUUUAGGAGGGAUUUUGGUUUUCUAUAUAUAUCACUUUGACAUUGUACUUGAAGAUCCUUAUUUUCAAUAUGACCAAGGAUAAAUUUACUACCAUUUGUAUACUUACUUGCUGCUUGUGACAAUCACAUGUGUUCAAAGUCACCUUUUUGUCAGUUUCUGAAAUGCUUCAUGACAUGCCUCCAUAGUGCUAUUAAACUAGAGCUUAUGAUAACCUAACCUCCAGUCUUUCAAUUCAGACAGUGUAAAAUCUUGUUACUCUCCCUGACUAUUUAAGCUUCCUUAGUACCCACCUUUACCAUCACUAAUGUAGCACAAUUUAUAUGUUAAAGCUUACUUUAGCAAGGUAAACAGUAUGUAAACAUCAAUAUAUAAAUAAUGAAAGUGGUACUUGAUAAACAGGUUUGACACAUGAAAUGAAAUGAAAGGAAAAAGAAAUAAAAUUGAAGGAAAUAUUUGUAGUGUUUUAAGUUUUAAUGUUUUUUGUUGAAGUAAAUUUUUGUAUUUAAGGAAGUACCAUAUUUCCUGGCACCGAAGACACACUGACCUCAAAGAUGCCCCCAAUUUUGACUAGCAAAUAUGAAAGAUUAAAAAUAGGCCCAAGCACUUCACAACUUAUUGUAAUUUUUAGUUCUUAUAUAUAAAAAAAUACUUUUUCUUAGGCUUAUUAAUUAUGAAAUUUAAUGAGUUCCUUUAAAGUUGAUGAACUAUUGAAAUGAAAAAUAAAAAGUGAUUACCAAGUAAAAUAUGUUUCUGAAUCCCAGGUAAAGGGAACUGAACACCACAAUAGGAAAACUGGAAAUUAAGAAUAACAUUUUACUGCAAAUACACUUUGAAGAACCUCUGCACAAAUAGAAAAAAUAAAACUAGAAUCAAGACUAAAAUUCAUGAAAUACUGAUAAAAUUGGGAACAAAUAUUUCAGUCUGCAAAGCAUGGAAAUAUUUUGCACACAAUCAUCAUUUGUAAAAGCAACACAUGAUCAUGACUAAUUACAAUAAUAUUGCUGUAGUAACAUUAACUAGUAAACUAUUUUAAUUCACCACAAUUUUACCUUCAUCAGCAAAUAACAACCCGAAAGUCAUUUGAGGAGAGGGAAAAUACUGGUAAGAUUUUACCCACUCUUCUGUAACUUACUGUAAUCUGCCAAUAUACAGGAAUGAAUCUGUAACUACUUGUAUGUACAUGUACUUUUUUGUUCUUUAUGAUACUAUUGCUUGUUUACUAUUUAAAGUAAAAUCAUAUACUUCAUUCAGAGGUCAUAUUCAGUUCUGGUUGCUAAAUAGCAAAGGUAAUCUACCUCUAGGUGUAGGAUAGGCCUAUGAAAAGUAAAACAUUUGGUCUUUAGUUUUUACAGAAAAUUACCGAGACUUAUUUAAGAAAAAACAUAGUACGUAGUGUCUUUGAUGCUGGGAAAUCUGGUAGAUUGAAGCCCAAGUAUUGACAAAUCAUUAAAGGCAUACGUAUGUCUUUCAGUAUGACUGGUUCAUAAUUCAUAUAUUUCUGUUCUUUGGUAAAGUUCACUUAUUGUUCCUUUGUGCAAGUACCUGUUUGGUUUUACCUCACAUUAUAACAUUAUAGGAAUCACUAAUGUAUUUUAAAAGGACUUGAGCCAUGUAGUAUUUUAUAUGGUGUUAAAAGGAUAAUUGUUCCUAACUGUUCAAUAAUUUUUGUGAAUAUGUAUAUUUUCAAUUCAGAAGAAUGUUAAGCAUUGUAUAUCAAAACAGCAAAGUCCUCACCUCUAAGUGAUGAAAAUAAAAUGCUAUGCUUCUGACAGAAAUUGAGUAGGGACCUUUGUGCAAUGUGUUCACUGCUUUUCACAGAGCUAGUAAAAAAAAAAAGUGGUUUCAUAUCAUAUACUUUAGGAAUACAUUAAUCUCUUAACAUUGGAAUUGACAAGUAAAUCUUUAUUCACCAUAGAAGAAAGGAGAAGGAAAGAGCUGAAUAACCUAUAAGCCAAAGCUGUGAAUUGUAACAACAGAGAUAAGUCCAGGCUCCAUCUUAAUGCCAAAUACUUUUUACCUCUUCCCUAUAUGUAGUAGACAGGUUUACAUUCUUUGUCCUCUCACACAAUAUACUUAGAUAUUUUGCAGUUAAAUUAUUAGAUGCCCAGAGAGUAGCAGAGUACACAGCACCCUUGAGGUUUCAUGCUCUGAAUUCAGUGAAAAUUUAGUAUUUAAAUUUUAUUGCUAUUUAUGGGUACUUUCUCCCUACAGCCUUUCUUCUCAUUGGCCCAGGUAGCUUCUUGAUGGAGCAGUAUGUAUGUUACUCAAAAGUCAAGGGCUCAAAUUCUGCCUUGGUCUUGAUGUUUGCUGUUGAUUUAAGUUAAACUGAGUUUGUGUUGCUGAGUUAUGGUAUAUAACAUUGAGUUUUGUUUCCAUCAUUAAUUUCAAUUUUAGUUUCAUACUGAGCUAUUGGAGUGAACCAUACACUUCGAUAGUCGCUUAAGGGAUAAUAUUGCAAGCUACUAGGAAGAUUACUUUUUCUUAUUAAUAUUUUCAUUCUUUUAGUUAAAUCAUCAUUGAUUUGUUAGCUUUACGUACCAAUUUUUUUAGGAUUAAAGAACUGAAAUGUAUUGGGCAUUUCUUGAACAACUAAUAAUUGUAUGAUUGUGAUAAUUAUUAAUCCUCUUUGGUAUUGUGCUUUUCUUUAAGAUGCUUGCAUUGUUAUUAAAUGGUACAUUCUGUGCAGAGAAAGUUUGUUUUAAUGGCAAGCUGUGUUGUAAAAGAAGGUUGUAGUGGUGAUGGGUUUAGGUUUAACAUAGAAUUUAUACAAGGAAAAUGUAAUAUGAAUGUUUUUGUAAAAUAUAAUGGCACAAAUUAUGUUUUUGAAUAACACUUAAUCUUUGUGAUUUUAUAGGUGAACUUCAGUAAUUCUGAAAUUAGAUUUAAGUAACUAUGGAUGGUUCUUUAGUUGUAGUGUUCUGUGUAAAAUAAUCUCGAUAACUAAAUAAAAUAUAUUGCAUUUUUAAAGUAAGAAGCUUUAUGAAAUCAAAUACAGGGGUUGGUUUUAUCUUCUUUAAUUUGAACCAUAAACUGGAACCUAAAGAUAGAAACUGUAGAUUUCUGCCCACAGGUAACUUUAUUUGUUUUUUAUUUGUUGCCAUCCCAGUGUGAGUUGAAUAAAUUAGCUCAGUUGUCUGGUUAAACUACUUAAUAAUAAUAUAUGUACAUGCUUGUCUUUGGUACUUAAGGCAGAGCAUAACUUGCCCUUUAGUGCAUUUGAGCCAGAUACCACUAAAAUAUACCUGCUGUGCAUUUCAGGGCCGUGUCUAAUUGAUUUCCGUCAAAAUCUUAUAAAAAAAUUGGAUAUGGAUCGUAUUUUGAUAAUAGCUAUUUGAAGUCACAGCCUAAUUGGCAAAAAUAUGCAGUGAUGUCUAAUGUUGAUAAUUAAGUCACUUAUCAGAGUAAAUCAAAGAAAAAAGGGAAGCUUAGCUAAAUCUAGCAGACUCAUAGAUAGAGGCUAGUAAAACAUCAUUACUGAAGUACCUCCCACUCAUUGAUACUGUAGUAUGACGUACUUUAUUAGACAUCCCUCCCAUAUACUUUAUGAAUGAUGACUCAGAUGUUGGUAGUAGUAGUAUAUGGAAGUAUUAUAUUGUUACACACACUCAAACUCCAAAGUAGAAUACAGUAAGGGAGUGGGCAUCAAAUGAGAAUAUUAAUUGUGUAAUACAGUUGCAUGGGGCAAUUCACGUUUCUUUUAGCUUGAAAUAUGCACCAAGCCGUACACUGAAAACCAUUGUUACACGGUCGUAGGGUCUUUGUGGAUAAAGAGCAGUAUUUAGCCAAUGAAUAAAAAUGUAUUAUGUAAUAUACUUUGUUUUUCUUAUACACACAGCCAUGUAAAGUACUGAUAAUGAUAUUAUUAAUCAUAAUGAUGAUUAUUAUUAUUAAUAGGGCUAGGUUUCCCAGACCUCUGAGUCUUAAAUAGACUCUUCUUUGGCUGGUUCUCAGGGAUUAAUCCUGAGAAGAAUGAAAAGGAAAAAAAAUUAAAAAGAAAAAAAACGUAUACUUUAAGAAACCUUUUAUUUAAAAAUUUUAUGAUUUUGUUAAUUGAAAAAUCUUUGCUUUAAGCAAGAAUACUUUAAAUUUUUUAAUCAUGAUGAUAAUCACAUUAAUAUUCAUUUUAGUUAUUCUUGUUAAUGCGUCGGCAGUGUUUACUAUUAUGCAAGGUUACCAGGUAUAUCGGGGCAAAAUAUACCAAACGCCUGUAAAUUAUCUUGUUUUCAUUUCAGUAUGAUUGUAUUUCACCAAUUCCAAAUGUUUGUAUAACUGAUAGUCAAAGGGUAAAAAGAAAUUUAAUUAUAAUUGCCAUGUUUUCCUAUAGUCCGCAUAAAAUUGUACAAUGAAAACAGUAAUAUUGCCAUAUGUAUAUUUACCAAAUUCCUUUGCUAUAAUAUUGUCAUAUGUAUGUACUAUACCAAAUUCUUAUUCAUCACCCGUGGUAUCACCAAUGUAAACCACAAUAAUAUCACCAUUCUCAACAAUGAUUUGUUUAGCAUUUCCUUCAAUACGUAUUGUACAAGAUGGUCAAAUAUUUGUGUUUUUGCUAUCAUUAUCAUACCACUGGGAACCCUAAUAUUACGUAUGAUGUAGUUAAAGUUACAACUAGCCUCUUUCUGGGUGGUUACUAAAUUUAGCUAAGUUUCCCUUUAAAUUUCUUUGAUUCACUCUGAUAAGUGGCUUAAUUAUCAACAAUAGACAUUACUGAACUGCAUAUUUUUGCCAAUUAGGCUGUGGCUUAAAAUAGCUAUUUCCAAAUUACGAUCAUUAUUAUACUACUGGUAACCAUGAUAUUACAUCUGAUGUCAUAGUUUAUGUUACAACUGGCCUCUCUCUGGGUGGUUACGUUACAACUGGCCUCUCUCUGGGUGGUUAUGUAACAACCAGCCUCUCUCUGGGUGGUUACGUAACAACCAGCCUCUCUCUGGGUGGUUACGUAACAACCAGCCUCUCUCUGGGUGGUUACGUAACAACCAGCCUCUCUCUGGGUGGUUACAUUACAACUAGCCUCUUUCUGGGUGGUUGCUAAAUUGUUUACCUUAUAACUAGCCUCUUUCUGGGUCGUUACUAAAUUUAGCUCCCUUCAAAUUUCUUUUAUUUACUCUGAUAAGUGCCUUAAUUAUCAACAUUAGACAUCACUGUAUAUUUUUGCUAAUUAGGCUAUGGCUUCAAAUAGCUGUUUCCAAAAUAUGAUCCAUAUCUGAUUCUUUAGUAAGAUUUUAUUGACGAAAAUCAAUUUGACACGGACCUGAAAUGCACAGUAGGAUAUUUUAUUGGUACAGAUUAUGAAUUCACUCAUUUGCUUCAGAAUAAAGCUCAGAAGUAAAUUCCUUUAAAGACCAUUCAAUAUUUCGGUGUAUUAUAACUCAAAUUAGAAUUCAAAGUGACAGUUAGAAUUCAAAUGAAUUCCUUGAUUCUUUUUUAAAAACACGUGUACGUAUUACAGUUUCAUAACAAAUCAAAACUUCACAAAAUGUAUGUAAGAGAAAAUGGUGUAUUCUUUUAGGUUGUAAACUAGACAGCAUAUUCAUGUGGAUGAUGACAACUGUAAAGCUAGAGUGAAAUUUCUCCAUAAAGUUAUAAAUUUGGAAGUGAAUAGGUCUCAGAUUUUUGCUUAACCAUUAUCAUAGCGGUUGGUAAUUGAUGAUGGUAUGUCAUUCAUUGGCUCAAAUAAAGGAGAACCCCAUUAUUUAAAUAUAUGACUACAGUAUGAUUUACACUUGCUUAUGUUUGUUAAUGUACUGUUACUUGAAUAUUAAAAUCUUGUUCAGAAAAUUAUAAAAAUUUACCUUUAUCAAUAAUGUUAGCUCAGUGGAAAAGUUUCAUUUCUUGAAGUGUCAGAAUAAAUUAAGGAAGAUAGAGCCAUAUUUCAGGGAUCUGAAAAACAAGGGAAAAUUUUAUAGUUGUAAUAGAUAUUGAAUGUUACUCAUCGAAAUAAAAACUACCCUCAGUUUGACUGUUUUGUAAUUCAUGUGUAUAAACAUAUACAAAGUAUGUUUGAAUUUUAAUUCAUUUGUCAUUUUCAUACAAAGUACAAGUAGUACAGUGCGAGGUCAAUCUUUCUUGCCUAAUUUAUUAUGGCCUAUAGAUAGAAUGAGUGAGAUGUUACCUCUUUGCUUUCUGAUCUGAUUUGAAUGUUGUAUAGGGGUGUGAUUUUCUGUAAUAUUUUUAUUUUUUCCCAUUCUUUCUUGCAUGUAACUUUUCAGUUACUAAAAUUGUCUUACUCCAGUUGUUACCUCAUUUUAGAACAAAUUCUUUUACCCAGUUCCUUACAAGUUAAAUGACUCAGUGGUCUGGUUAAAGUACCUUGCAGUAAUAAUGUAAAACAUGCUGUAACAAAUUUAGGAUUAAACAUAAAGUGUUUUCAAAUUUCCUGAGUUUCAGGAAAUAGAUUGGUGCAAAUAUGCAAAUAAGAUAUUGUUAUGACUUACUAGUUCUUUAGAAUUUUUGUAGGGCAUUGUAUUUAGUUUCACUUUGAUAAAAUAUAUUUCUGGGUUGCAUUAUCUGCUUGUUCUUUUGUAGCAAAAAAGUUUAAUUUCUUUCACUUAGAAGUAUUGGGAUUUAUUUUGUAAUGCUGUGUAACAGUGUUCAGUCAUUUAAAUUAAAAACAAACAAAGCAGAUUGUGCAAUUCCAGUUCCAUUUUGCUUUUGGUGUCCAUAAACUGUUCAUGUUGCCAAAGGUAAUUUUGUUUCUUAACAAGAGAACUCGGAGAGUACACCUCUACUGGCUCUUGUAUUUGAAUAGUUAUCUAUAUGUUUUGUAAUAUUUCUUCUCACAAUUUGUACACAACUCUUAAUUUCUGUAGUUAAUAUGUGUUUAUUUUUAGUGACUGGAAUAAAAAAUUUGUUAUACUAGCAGUACCUGUGCGAUUGUGAAAAACCAUUAAAUAUUUAACAUCUCCCAAAAACUAAUCAUCAAGGGGUCAGCCCAGUUGUUCACCAA